UUACCACCAUAGCGAUUAAUCACGACCGAAGCAUGAUUCACAGCAAAAACACACUAAACCAUCAUUUGUCAGCCAAUCAUGUCAUCUCAGUGACGAACUUCCUGGUCACAUUUUGUGGUCGGUCCCAGUGGCCCUUUGAAUGGAUAGACUACAUUUGUUCCGAACAGAGUCAACAGGGAAGGAGCGAGGACACGGCACGGAAGACACACGGCCCUAAAAAUGAGAAGAAAGAGCCGAUUAUCUGCCCGGAGAAAGAUGACACACAGCUAAGGCGGUAGCAGCAGAUAAGAAGAAGAAGAGGAAGGAGAAGAAGAAGAAGGAGAGGAGUGAGUCCAAGUGCUGUUUACUUUGUGUUCCGCCUAAACCCAAGGACGCAGGCUACGUGGAAGACAAACACAGGCGAGACUGGGGACGAGGUGGUGGGUCUGCUGAGGACCAGGGAAGGGCUGUCGGGAAUCUAAGCAGAUAUGGAGUAUUAUGGGAUACGUUUGGAUACCAUGUCCUGACCACAAAAGACCAGUUAUCCGCGGAUAAAGUGCAGCAGCUCGUCAUGAAUCCAGGCCUGUUUCAGACGGAGCCCAGUGCUGUGUAAUCCGGCCAUAAAGUCCUGACAGACAGGCAGAGCUCCGGUAAAGGGUGAGGCUGCUCUGGAACGCCAUCAUCUAUCAGUAUUAUAUCCGAGCCUACACCAAUGUAGCCACAUCGCUGAAAUUUCCCCCUUUUUUUUUGCGUCUGUGGAGAAUGACUCAGUUUGCAUAUCGCCGAGCUGCAGCUGUGGUACCGUGUGUUCAGCUUUUCUCCUAUUUUUCUGUUCGACAGGACGCUUUACACGAAAUUGAAGGAAUUUAUGGGAUCACAAGUUUCCUCUGAUGAGAUGAGUGUGCGUGCUGGCCAGGGCAGUGAUGAGGUGCUGGUUUCACAGGCGGUGUGGGAUUACCUGGCUGCAGCUGGGCGGCCCUGGCUCAUUGACUUCCAGCACAAGCAGGGGAUGAGUGCUGGUAUCAUUAGAAGAGGAGAGAGGGGGGGCUGCUGCGCUGUGAGGCUGCAGCCGGUGGAAGGCUCCAGGAACGCUGGAGCUGGGGUGAUGGAUGGACCCAUCUCCAGUGAGACACGAAAAGCCUUCAUUGACUUAUGCCGCUGUGCCCGCAAAGAAAUGAGCAAACAGGAGGGGGGACCCAAGAGAAAGAGGACUCUGCUGCCCUGUGUUGGAGUCCUGGAGCCAAAUGGUGAAGGGAGCCUGCUUCCCCCACCUCCUCCACAGCCUCGGCGCUCCCAGAGGCAGCAGCAGAGGUUCAGGAAACCUGCUGAUGAGGAGGCCUGUGCCAUGCUCCAUGAGGUAGCUCAAAGGAAGGACAUGGACCCUAGCAUGGCCUCCCACAGCGAGGCGGAGGACAACAGCUCCUGUUCAAUCUGCAUGGGGGACAUAGUGGAGAAGACUACACUGGAAAGGUGUGGCCACUCUUUCUGCCGCUCUUGCCUGGAUCAGGCCUUCAAGGUGAAGAAAGCAUGUCCUGUGUGUCGGCUAGUGUACGGUCAGCUCAUUGGGAACCAGCCAGCCAAUGGUACUAUGAUUGUAGAGAGAGAUCCAGAUAUGGAGCUUCCUGGGCAUGAAGGCUAUGGAUGCAUCUGCAUCAUCUACAGCUUCCCUCCUGGUCUCCAGGCACCAGAACACCCAAACCCUGGUGUUCGAUACCCAGGAACAGACCGUGUGGCCUACCUCCCUGAUAGCCCUGAGGGGAACCGCGUGCUGGGUCUGCUGCGCCGGGCCUUUGAACAGCGCCUUAUCUUCACCAUCGGUACCUCCAUGACUACGGGCAUGCAAAACGUCAUCACCUGGAAUGACAUUCACCACAAGACCUCAAUAUGGGGUGGGCCUCGCUGUUUUGGCUACCCAGACCCCACUUACCUGGUGCGAGUGACAGAGGAGCUCAGAGAGAAAGGGAUCACAGCUGACUGACAGCAUGAAAAUGACAGUCUCUUCCAGGACUUUGUAGGACUUUUUUGAGUGUCCUUGCUGAGGACGUGAGUCGGCUCCAGGUUGUUUGCUGAGACUGCCCAUCCCUCAAAGGACGGCUGAAGACAAGCAGAUGCUCAUCAAAUGCUGCAGCAGAGCCCACAUCACUCCAUUAGUUGUUCCUCUGUUUGUUAAUUUUCCUCCAGAGUUCAGCUUAAACCCAGUGCUUCAUAUGGAAGAAAAUGCUUGGAGUGCAGAGCAUUCUUGUAUAACACAAUCCUCUACCUGUCCCUGUUUGCAAUAGGACAGAAGUCUGAUGUUCUUAUUUAGGAGCAUCUUUGUGUGUUGGUAUAAAAGGUACUUUAAUAUUAUUUAGGAAAUCUACGUUUAAAUGUUAACUGAAUAUUUAUUUUGUGAUUCUGGGGAGUUCUUCUUCAUUUCUUACAAGCACACAUGGUUUGUUUUCUAGCCCCAGAAAUGUUUUUGAGUAAGUCUCUAAUUUCAUUGUUACUAAUUAUUUGUCGUAAGGGUUAUAUGGCAGAUUAGCACUGCUUCAAUAGAAUGAAUUAAUUUUCUAAAGUUAUUGCAAUCUAAAGCACUCACAGGCACUUUGGUUACGGAGGCUGUUUUUCACUGAGGUAACAGUAUUGGUUUUUGCUUCCUCUGCGGGGAAGAGUGCUCGGGACAAACAGGUUUGUGUAGCUGUGAACUACCAGUUUUUUAGCUACAAGUUGAUGUCAGUUGCUUGGAACUAUUAAUUUCCCUCAUUUUUACUUAAACAGCAAGAAUGUCUAACAAUGGGCCUCAUGCAGAAACAUUCUCUUAAAUUUCUUUUAUAUUUUCUCUAAUUUGUUUGCUAAGGGAAAAUAUAAGAAGAACCAACUCCGGAUGCACCAAAUGCUCUUUCCGUCCAAAUCUGCUCUUACCCAGGUUUGCUGAAUGUUGAAUUUCAGUUGAUUGUAAAUGGAAGGCUGUGGCUGAUCAGCAUAUGUGACACCCACUAAACAUCUUAAAAGGACAGGUGUUGUGCCAUGUCAAACAGCUGACUCUGGGUCAGCAAUUUUAGCGAUGCCAUCAAAAAAGGGCAGAAAGAAACUUUAGUAGCAGCAAAAUCAAAAUACUUUCUAAUCAAGUCAAACAAAGGAAAUAUGUCUUCUUUCAGAGUGUCAGUACUGGCAACGCAUCGACACAUAGGGAAUGUGAACAUCAUCAGAGGGAUGCACAGUGACAAAUCAAAAGAGCGUGAUUUGAUAUAAAAAUAAGUUCUGACAGAUGAUCUAUAGUUUUGCAGGUAAAAGUUCUAAUGAAGGGAUCCAGUGAGAUCCUGUCAGAUUCUCUUGGAGAGGAAAAACUAUGGUACUCCAUCUUGCAGUGAAAAAAAUAAUUGAGUGUAGGCGAUAAACAGACUAACACAUAUGAACUACAUCUUCAUCAGAGUCUGAACGGAGACCGUUUGACUUCGUAUUAUGCUCAGAAUUAAAACCAGAGCAUAGCAAGACCUCCUCGGCCUGAAAAAAUGCUGAAAUUGUAGUGCAGAUUCUUUCCUUGACUUGCAGUUUUACUAUACCUUUCGUUGACAUAAAGCAUUAGUGAUGGGAAUUCCCGCUCUUUUGGCUCGGAUGCACUCACACACACACACACACACACACACACACACACACACACACAUACACACACCACCACACAUUUUGACUUACAACAUGCUGCUUUAACAGAAAAAAGAGCCAGUUCCUGUCAUUCCCUUCAAAGAGCUGAAUCGUUCACGACUGACCCAUCACUAAAAAGCAUACUCCUCCUCGGCUUUUCCCAGUGGUUUCAGGUGAGCGAUCCAGAUGGAUCGGAGUCCCAAACCUGUUUACUGACAUGGUCUCGUCCUGGUCUGAUUUGCUGAGCCAGGACUCUAUCAACACCAAAAGACAAGAUUCUCUUAUUUCUCAAAAUCCACACCUAACAGACUGAUGGGCCGCACACAGUGGAGCGCCCACUCCUGUACAAAUGUUAUGUUGUUUGACAUUUGACCUUGGAAAUGUAGGUCUCAAAAUAGGUCCAGGUCACCCUUUCCGAACUUGUCCAAGCUCUAUACAUGAUGUAUGUAUGGUAAAAAAUUCAAGGUUCCAGCUGUUUUUGUUUUUGUUUUUUUUUUUUAUCAGAGUUGGAGUGUUUACAAGAUGUGUGUCACAGAUGAACAUGAUGACAACAAUACCCCUGUGGGCAGGCUGAGGGGAUAAAAAAAAUGUAUUAACAGCAAAAUGGAAGGCCAUAGUUUUUUCUCCUUUCCAAGAAAAUCUGACAGGAUUUAUUGGAUGCCAUGGGCUACCAUGAAAAAAAAAACACAUCUGAGCGAUAAGUUAAAGUGAAAAAUAUUUAUUUCUGCUGUGCCCCAAAGAUGUCUGAUGAUUAUUUAUUUUUGUUUUUAUUAUUGUGUCCAGUGAGACACUCCACUUCAAAUGACGCAUAAGAUAUUUUCCAACCAGCAAUUUAAUAAUCAAUUAUUGAAAUUCCAUCAUAACAUAACAUAACGCUCUGAAUUCAGUUGUAUUAUGGGUUUCUGUGUUCCUAAAAUUAAGUAAAUAGUUCCUGGGCUCUUAUGUUUUCUCUUAUCUUGGUAAAAGUGCACUUGACCACAUGUAAAAUUUUAUCUAACCUGGAGUAAGAGCAAAAAUAAGAAAGCAUUGGUGAAUCCCACAAAUCUAUGGGUACUAACAAAAUUAGAGAAUGUGUAGGAUACGGACAAGAAUAAGAGGAAAUUUUUUUGUUUUUUGCACAAGGCCCAAUGUCUCAUUGCAGCACCGUUUAUUAUUGCAUUAGGACUUUCCCUUGGGUUCUUUUUGCCAUACUUCACUCCCGUUAUUUCAAGAUGUCUCCCAGGUGUUGAGCCCAUUACCUCAGUUGUCAGUAAUGUGCUCAUCUAAUUACCAGAUUUAUGACGAUGUCAAACAUAAAGGGCAUAUAGACCACUUAUACCAAAACAAAGGCACAAAAGCUCUUUAAAUAUCUAUGCCUCUGUCCCUGUCCAACUGGGAGAUUUGCCUGCUAAUGUUCUCAUUUAGAAUGAGGUUACUGUUGUAAAUUUGUUUAUAUAAAUAGAUCAUCUAUGACACAGGGAAAACAAGGAAAAAAACUCAAAAGAAAAUGUUGCAGGAACAAUUGGUCUGACUUGGGAAGGGGUGGGGUAUUGAUCUAAUUUCUUGUGCCUUUCUUAUAUUCACUUUUGAUUAAACAAAAAUCAAGCAUGAUGUUUGGGCAUAUUUCAGCAUUAUUUGCUAGGUGAAGCGCAUUAUGUUUGUAGCUAAACUAUCUGGCUUUAAGUAAAAAUACUAUAAAGUUCAUGGAAAUAUAUAUACAAAUGUGUAAUAAAUUAGCUUCUCUCUCUCCUUCAUAAACAUUGUCGUAGUCCAAAUGCUGAAAAAAAAAAACAAACUCAAAAUUGAUAAAGCUGUAUGUGUGAAAGUGCUUUGCUAGGUGCAGUAAUCUGCUUGGCUAGUGGUUAAUUUGUCAUGACUUUGAUUGGUCAUAUAUACAUUGAGUAUUAUUUAUUUUAUUUAAUUUUAUUUUUUUUUUAACCCCCCUUUGUAUUUUAGUUAAGGGACCAACUGAAAUAUUUUUGGGACAUAGGUUUGUAGCUUACAAAAGCUACUGUGCAAACAUUUCUAUGCAUUACACGACUGAGGAGGAGCCAGGUUAAUGAAAAGUUGGGAGAGAUUUCACACUUCAAACUGAUUGUUAAGGAAAAGUUGGAGGUUUGCUUUUCCAAUUGUGUUGAUUCGUACUUUGUUGAUAUUCAAGAUAAUGUGCUUUACAUUUUAAUACUUGAAUAAAAAAAUUAUGUUUGGGUU